GGAGAAUCUACAUGACCAAAAAUUUACAUAUAAUCCAGAUUGUAAUUCACAAACAUCCACAACCAUAACCAAGUCAAGUCAAAUCAACCAACAAAAAGCGUGCACCAACCAUAAGCGAGGCUUCAGAAUGGCGGAACAAGGGACGACGAAUAUGUCUAUGGCACCGGUGGACAGAUUGGCCCGGGUCAAUCAAAAACUUGGAAACUUCCCUUUGGUAAAGAUGGCAGACGGUCAGACUGUCCCAACAGGGACUGUGGCGACCUUGCUGUUCAACAUACGAGCAUAUGACCAGCUCCUCAAAGAAAAUACAGUUGAUGAUAUAUCAAAGAAAGCAGAGCUGGAGAAGUUGGAAGGAGAGAUCAAGGACCCUGUGCCGCUGUUGAUAAACCUAGGCAUGUUCGAGUUGUUCAGCCCCGACGAGUGGUGUGCAGGAGGCGCUGGGAGGCAGCUUGUUGGCAGGACUGCUAAGGGCUUGAUGCCCGCAGAUUAAAUGCAAUCGAGGACGUCGCGAGCCACAACAACUCUUGAGGGUUUGGAAUUCAGUAUGUACCAGUGGAAGCUCACCUUACUUGCGCUUUAUUCCCAAAGAGGCACUAAAUUAAGAAAAAUCAAUGUAAAGUUAUUCAAGUAUACGAUACUUACUGAUAGAUGGACCGCACUCUUCUCUG